AUGAUCCCUUUUGUUAGGGAAGGAACCGCCCAUCCCGAGACCCGUUGUGGGCCUCGCCCACCUGUCCCAGGACACGCUGAAGGCUUCAUACGCCAGUCCCGGGACACUCAGCAGACAUCACCCGCCCAUCCCAGGACACGUGGCAGGCCUUGCCCACCCGUACCAGGACACGAUGGCGGGCCUGACCCAACCGUUCCAGGACACCUGGCAGGCCUCGGCCGCCUGUCCCAGGACAUGCUGAAGGCCUCAUACGCCAGUCCCGGGACACUCGGCAGUCCUGACCCGCUCGUCCCGGGACACGUGACAGGCCUUGCCCACCCGUACCAGGAUACAAUGGUGGGCCUGACCCACCCGUCCCAGGACACCAGGCAGGCCUCGGCCGCCUGUCCCAUGACCCAUGGCGGGUCCCACCCACCCAUCCUGGAACACCUGAUGGCCUCGCCCGCCAGUACCAGGACACAAUGGCGGGCUCGCCUGCCCAUCCUGAAACCCGUGGCAGGCCUCAGCCGCCCAUCCCGUGACCCAUGGCAGGCCCCGCCCACCCAUCCCUGGGGCCCCACCUGCCCAUUCCAGGACCCAUGGGGGCCCUCGCCCACCCAUCCCAGGGCUCCUGGCAGGCCGCGCACACUUGUUCUAGGACCCCUGACGGGCCUCACUCACGUGGUGGGCCUCGCCUGCCCGUCCCAGGACCCAUGGUGGGACUCAUGGCGAGCUUCGCCUACACGUCCUGGAACACAUGGUGGAUCUUGGGACCCCUCCCAGGCCUUGCACACCCGUCCCGGGACCCCUGGCGGACCUCGACUGCCCAUCCCGCGACCCGUGACAGGCCCCAGCCACCCGUCCCAGGACCCUCGGCAAGCCUCGCACACCAAUUUCUCCUUCGCUCCUCGCAGCUGUCGAACCUCAUCUUCCAGCUGGUCGUUCCGUUCGCCCUGGAUAUCGGUCUUCCUCUCCAGCGACUCCAGAUGA